AUGUCUCUCAUCAAGAGCAUCGCUACAGGAGCUAUCGCUCACUCAAAGGGACUUGUCGUCCCUUCCCUCAGACCUCCUCUGCUGCAGAAUGCAAGCUCGAUCAGCCGAGCCUCCUACAGCGCGAUGAGCCCGAUGGUUGAAACCAUGGUUGCUCCCUCUCAGACACAGAAAGUGAAGCUCGUCAUCUUUGACAAGGAUGGGACCCUCAUCUCCUUCGACGCAACUUGGAGCAAGUGGGCAGACGAUCUGAUCUCUCGUUUCGUGAGCAAGUGCGGAGAGCAGCUGCGAACUCCUCUCGCAGACACCCUUGGGUACGACAUGGAGUUGAGGAAGGUACGCGGAGAGAAGUCGCUCAUGGCGUGGGCGGCGCAGCCCUUGAUCAGAAAGGCGGUGGAAGCUUGUCUGACAGAGCAAGGAGGGAUGAAGGAAGGAGACGCAAGGGAGGCGGUGAGGGAGUGCUGGGCUGAGUGCGAGGAGGGAGAGGUGUCCCCCAUCAGCAGGUGCACCAAGACCUUGUUCCAAACGCUGCACAGGAUGGGCAUCAUGACUGGGGUGUGCACGUCGGACGCGAGGAGGCCGACGGAGCUGAACCUGCGGAGCCUGGGGAUUUCUAGCAUGGUGCAUCAUUCCAUCUGCGGGGAUGACUCGUUCAACGUGCCCAAGCCAGCGCCGGACAACGCGUGGAACUUCUGCAAGAAACUCGGUACAGCGGGGGUGGCAGGAAGCAUCGGGGUGCUGUCCGGCGUGGGGACGGAGGAGGAUCUGAGGGGGAACGCGGAUGUGAUUGUAGAGAGUGUGGAUAGCGUGAUCGAGCUCGUGAGGUGA